CGGACGGGCGGGUGGCGCCGCGCCAUGGCGGAGGGCGGCGAGCCUUUUUUGCUCGAGGAUUACCUGCUCGUGGAAGGUGCGCCUCUGCUGGAGGAGAUGGCUGAGGAGGAUGAAGAGCUUGACCUGUACAAUGAGAUGACUUUUGGGUUAGACCGAGACUCUACUGAGGAGGACACUGUAAACGCUCUGAUGCCUUUAGAGAUGAGCACUGAGCUGGCCGAAGUGGCGGAGGAGGAGACUGAGGCUGGGGAGGAACUGGAGCCCGGAGCAGUUGAGCAGCCAGAGAAGCUGGGAGAGCCCCAGGAGGAAGGUGGGAUGGAGUUGGAGUUUGAACAGUUUAGUUCUGAGUUGGAGGAAGAGGAGGAGGAGCUGGGAACUGAGGAACAGGAGGAAGAUGAGGAGCCUUGUGAGAAGCCAAAUGACCUGGGAGACCCAGCGGUGAUCAGAGCUGUGCGGAGCAAACCUACGCUGGAGAGCCAGGACUCGGCAGUGUUGGACAGCAGGAUUGGUGCUUGCUGGGCAGAGUUCGGCAAAGAGGACAUGGAUAAAGCCCUCCUCCAGGUCCUGGAGAGGCCCCCGCCAUCCAGCAACAUGGCCCUCGACUUCCUUGGCUCCCCUGUGCAGCGGGGCUAUGGGGGCUCUCCCCGGCUCAAGCGCCCCGACUUAAGACUGAUGUCCCCCAAGUCCUUCCCCCAGCACAUUCUCCGGCAGCGGUCGCCUCCGAUGCCUUGUUCCCACUGUUCCUCUCGGCCCUUCGCUCCGGCUCGCAGACCCUCUCCGCUCUUCACUUCCAACCAGACCGCAGGGUAUGCGUCUCCCACCCCUUUCCGGCCCAUGUCGCCCAAACUCGGCAGCCCAUCGGGGCCUCUUGGCAUGCACUUUGGUCCCAUGUCUCCUUCUUCAGACCCUGCUCUCUUCUUCACUCCGGCAGCCAGCGGCCAGCCAAACCUCAGCCAUAUGACCCAGUUGCACCCCCAGCACCAGCGGCUCCUGACCCAGCGGCAGCAGCAAGGCGGGCAGGCACAGAGCAUCUCCCCAAAGAAGCUGUGGUCUCCUAAAGCGGACCCUUAUGCUGGUCUGAUGACCUCCAAGGAGAAGGACUGGGUUGUUAAGGUGGAGAUGAUCCAGCUGCAGAGCGAGAACAUGGAUGAUGACUACUACUACCAGGUGUACUACCACCAGCUGGAGCACAAACAGGCGAAGGAGGAGCUCCUCGGUGGGCGCAACAAGCAGGAGCCCCCCAAGCUGGUCACACCAUUCAUCCAGAAAGUGGAGACCUACGACUCUGUGGUACGCAUCGCGGGCUCUCUGGGCCAGGUCGCGGUGUCCACCUGCUACAGCCCUCGCCGGGCCAUCGAUGCUGUGCACCAUGCCCUUGUGGAGGAGGCCGCGGGGAGCCACCGGCUACGGGCGCUGCACCGCAUCGAGAAGCUUUUCCUGCAGCUGCUGAAAGUGGAGGAGAUGCAGCGCAAGAUGUCUUUGGCCCUGGAGGAGGAGCAGCCCUGCUGUCGGGAGCAGAAGACCCAGAAAGUGGAGCAUAUCUACCAAGUCUUGAAAAUCAGAGCUUGCAGCAGCGAAGAGGAGGCAGAGGAUGAAUUCCUGCAACUCCUGUGUGUGCGGAAGGGCAAGAAGCUUGUGGCUCGGCUGCUGCCCCACCUGACCCGGGAGCAAGCGGAGAAGAUCCUGCUGACCAUCACCCACCACCUGCCCUUCCUCAUGAAGAAGGAUGUGUUGGAUGAGUCUCUCUCCCUGCUCUACAGCCCGUUGAACAAAGUGGUGGGCGGGCUGGCCUUCAGCAAACUCAUCGAGGUCCUGCAGGAGAUGACCAGGCCGCUGCCCGAGUCCCCUGAGCUCCCCCUGGCCAUGGCCUUGAAGAACCAGUUUGGGAUCUCCUUGCUCUACUCCCUGCUGAGCCAUGGCGAGAGGCUGCUGUCCUCCAAUGCACCACUGGAGCCACGCAGCGGGGACUUCGAGACGUGGACAGACACAGUGUUCCUGGUUGCCCGGGAGCUGUCGCAAGUGCCCAAGACCUUGCUGGUGGAACCUCUCUUCUUGCCCAGCAACCUUCUCUCGCUCUUCUGCCGCUACCUGGACAAGCAGACCGUCCACCAACUGGAAGCCAAGAUGGAAUGCUCCCCGCUGCCCUUGGAGGGUGCCAGGCCCUGCUGAGCCCCGGGAGCUUGGGAACGGGAGCCAGCGGUGCUGGGAACGGGCAGGGCCCCCAUGCCCUGAUGUCGAGUUUCAAAGCAAAGACUUUACCUUGGUGCAGGGCACUCUGGGUGAGCCGGGCACUGGCCGGGCCAGCGCUCGAGGGCCAAUGCUGACCUGCCCCGGUGGCCGGGAGCGCAGCACGGGGUGGCGGGUAACUU